AUGGUCAUGUCAUGGGGAGGGUAUUCAUUCAUCAUCAACUUGCUUCCCAUCCAUUGCCUUGCAUCUGUGUUCACAGGGCGCCUGUCAGCGAGGUUGUACGUUGCGUAUGCCCCCAUAAUCGUGUUUGGGACGCUGCUUGCAGCCAGCAUACCUGUUGUCGGGUUCAAUGCCAUUCUGAUGUCAGAACACUUUGGCGCCUUCCUGGCAUUUGGCGUGCUGCAUGCUGCCCUGCUGAUCAGCUGGAUCCACAAGAUGCUGCCUGAUAGGGCGUACCAGAUGGCCAAGAUGCUGCUGCUCACCUCUGGAGCCAUCGCCCUUGGGGGGGCCCUUCUGCUGGUCAUCGCAUAUGUCACAACCUCACCAACUUUUGGAUGGACAGGUCGCAGCCUGAGCUUGUUGGACCCCACAUAUGCCUCCAAGUACAUCCCAAUCAUCGCCAGUGUCAGCGAGCACCAGCCGCCAGCAUGGCCCUCCUACUUCACAGACAUCCACAUCCUGGUGCUGCUGCUGCCGGCAGGCUUCAUCGCUUGCUUCAGGCCAUUGACGGAUGCAUCGCUGUUCCUGCUUCUAUACGGACUCACCUCAGUGUACUUCUCGGGCGUCAUGGUUCGAUUGAUGCUUGUGCUCGCCCCAGCUGCAUGCUGCCUUGGUGGUGUAGCCCUGUCGAGCAUGCUGAGUGUGCUCUCAAGGUCUCUGCAUUCCGAUGAUGAAGAAGAGGCUGAAGCCCCUUCAACACCAGUCAAAAAGUCUGCCAAAAGGGCCAGUAAGAAGUCGACAGAGGCCCCAAAGCAGCACCCCGUGCCACACGAUGCAGCUUGGCUGGGAGUGUUUCUGGUAUUUGUGCUGCUGGUGUUCUACUCACUGCAUUCCGUCUGGGUGAGCGCAGAGAUGUACUCUGCACCAUCCAUAGUCCUGCAGACAAGAACAAGGGAUGGAGGCCUUCAUGUCUUUGACGACUUUCGGGAGGCCUACUCCUGGUUGCGGCACAAUACGGAGCCAGACAGCAAGGUGGCCAGCUGGUGGGAUUAUGGGUACCAAGCCACAGCGAUGGCCAACAGGACUGUCAUAGUUGACAACAACACCUGGAACAACACCCACAUUGCGACUGUUGGGCGGGCAAUGUCCUCACCAGAGAAGAAGGCCUGGAAGAUCUACCAGUCACUGGACGUUGACUAUGUGUUUGUCAUCUUCGGUGGCUACAUCGGCUACCCCAGUGACGACAUCAACAAGUUCCUGUGGAUGGUACGCAUUGGUGGUGGCGUGUUUCCGGAGAUCCAGGAGAAGGACUACCUGGAUGCGGCGGGGUCCUACCGCAUAGACAGUGGCGCAGGGCAAGCCAUGCUGGACAGCCUCAUGUAUCAGCUGACUUACUACAGAUUUGCAGACGCGUCCGUGAUGGUCACAGGGCAGCGGGGCUAUGACCGUGUGCGCAACGCCGUGAUUGGCAAGAUGGACGUCAAGCUAAAAUACUUUGAGGAGGCGUUCACGUCUGAGCACUGGAUGGUGCGCAUCUACAAGGUGAAGAAAGCGCCCAACAGGGACUUCAGGAGGCGCAAUCCGCAGAGGCGGAAGGCGGCCAAAAAGUCCACGGCAAACUGA